GAGUAGCAGCACCAUCAGUAGCACUAGUAGCAUCUCCUCUGAGGCUUCUGCGGGCUCAGUCACUGGAGCACUGCGCUCCCGCUCACACACGCUCAGGCGCUCCCGGCGCCGCCAUCUCACACGCGCAGUGGCAGCCGUGGUCAGAGCCGGGGCUGGGGCAGGGACUGCUACCGUUACGACUGGAGGUGCGGAUAAAGCAGCAGCGGCACCAUGGCGCAAGCCGCCAAGCAGCUUCGCAAGAACAAGGACCUAGCGGAGCUCGCAGCCCAGGAGCUGAAGGACAAGGAGGAGGAGAAGAACAAGAAGAGGAAUCGAUCUAGGGACCGCAGGCGCAAGGCUCAUGUGGUUCAGCGCUGGCUUGUCCAUCAGGACAGUAGUGUGAGCUCAGAGAGAUCAGCCCAUCGAGCCCGGGGAAUAUGGCACUAUGAUGACAGAGCGGAUGCUGCCACCAGUUUCCUCCGUGCGGCCCGUUCAGGGAACCUUGACAAGGCUCUGGACCACAUAAAGAAUGGAAUUGACAUCAACAUAUCCAAUCAGAAUGGGCUCAACGGUUUGCAUCUGGCCUCUAAAGAAGGCCACGUCAAAAUGGUGCUGGAGCUGCUACACGCAGGCAUUGUCCUGGAGACCACCACUAAGAAAGGGAACACUGCCCUCCAUAUUGCUGCAUUGGCAGGCCAGGAGAAAGUGGUGGCUGAGCUCGUCAACUAUGGAGCCAACGUCAAUUCUCAGUCCCAGAAAGGCUUCAGUCCCCUCUACAUGGCUGCGCAAGAGAACCACUUAGAGGUGGUCAAGUUCCUGUUAGAGAAUGGAGCCAAUCAGAGUCUUCCAACAGAGGAUGGGUUCACACCCCUGGCCGUGGCUCUCCAGCAGGGUCAUGAGAACGUUGUGGCCCUGCUCAUCAACUAUGGUACCAAGGGUAAGGUCCGCCUGCCCGCUCUGCAUAUCGCUGCACGCAAUGAUGACACGCGUACCGCUGCAGUGUUGCUGCAGAACGACCCAAACCCUGACGUCCUCAGCAAGACUGGCUUCACUCCUCUCCACAUCGCGGCUCACUAUGAGAACCUGAGUGUGGCCCAACUGCUAAUUAACAGAGGAGCAAAUGUCAACUUUACCCCUAAGAAUGGUAUCACCCCCCUUCACAUAGCCGCCAGGAGGGGUAAUGCAAUCAUGGUUCGGCUUUUGCUGGACAGAGGGGCCCAGAUAGACGCUAUGACCAAGGAUGAGUUGACCCCUCUGCACUGUGCGGCCAGGAACGGUCAUGUAAGAAUCAUUGAUCUCCUGCUAGACCAGGGGGCUCCCAUCCAGGCCAAAACCAAGAACGGCCUGUCCCCCAUCCACAUGGCAGCCCAGGGAGACCACAUGGACUGUGUGAGGCAGCUUCUGCAGUACAACGCCGAGAUCGAUGACAUCACUCUGGACCACCUGACCCCUCUACACGUGGCGGCCCACUGCGGGCACCACCGCAUGGCCAAAGUGCUGUUGGACAAGGGGGCCAAGGCCAACGCACGCGCUCUGAAUGGGUUCACUCCCCUUCACAUUGCCUGUAAGAAGAACCACAUGCGCUCCAUGGAUCUGCUGCUGAAACACUCUGCCUCCCUGGAGGCUGUCACGGAGUCCGGUCUGACCCCCCUCCAUGUAGCUGCCUUCAUGGGCCACCUGAACAUUGUAAAGAACCUGCUCCAUAGAGGGGCCUCUCCCAAUGCAUCCAAUGUGAAAGUGGAGACACCCCUUCACAUGGCGUCCAGGGCGGGCCACUGUGAGGUGGCUCUGUUCCUGCUGCAGAACACGGCCCAGGUGGACGCCAAGGCGAAGGAUGACCAGACCCCUCUACACUGUGCGGCCCGUAUGGGACAUAAGGAACUGGUCAAACUGCUCCUGGAGCACAAGGCCAAUCCUGACUCUGCUACCACAGCUGGCCACACCCCCUUACACAUCGCUGCCCGCGAGGGUCACAUUCACACCACCCGUAUCCUUCUGGAUGGAGGAGCGCAACAGACCAAGAUGACAAAGCAGAAAGGCUUCACCCCCCUCCACGUGGCCUGUAAGUACGGUAAGGUGGACGUAGUUGAGCUGCUGCUGGAGAGAGGAGCGAACCCCAACGCGGCUGGAAAGCAGAAUGGCCUGACUCCUUUGCACGUGGCUGUCCAUCACAACAACCUGGAUGUGGUCAAGCUGUUGGUCAGCAAAGGAGGCAACGCACACAGCACUGCCCGGAACGGCUACACUCCCCUGCACAUUGCAGCCAAGCAGAACCAGAUUGAGGUGGCCAGCUGCCUGCUGCAGUACGGAGCAUCGGCCAACGCUGAGUCCCUCCAGGGGAUAACUCCACUCCACCUGGCCUCCCAGGAGGGCCGGCCAGACAUGGUGGCCCUGCUCAUAUCCAAACAGGCCAAUGUCAACCUGGGGAACAAGAAUGGAUUGACUCCUCUCCAUCUGGUGGCCCAGGAAGGUCACGUGGGGAUAGCCGAUACCCUGGUCAAACAUGGGGCAUCAGUGUAUGCUGCCACUCGGAUGGGCUACACAGCGCUUCAUGUGGCCUGUCACUAUGGCAACAUCAAAAUGGUGAAGUUCCUCUUGCAGCAGCAGGUUCAUGUGAACAGCAAGACCAGAGUGGGCUACACUCCCCUACACCAGGCUGCCCAGCAGGGUCAUACUGACAUCGUCACCCUGCUGCUGAAACAUGGAGCCCAGCCCAACGAGAUCACCACCAAUGGGACAUCCCCUCUAGGUAUUGCCAAGCGUCUGGGUUACAUCUCUGUCAUUGAUGUGCUGAAGCUGGUCACUGAAGAGGCUGUUUCUGUGAUAACAACAGAAAAACAUCGGAUGAGUUUCCCCGAGACCGUGGAUGAGAUAUUGGACGUGUCCGAGGAUGAGGGCGUUGCAGCGCUAACUUUAGGCGAUGAGUUGCUGGGGAUGGAUGGUGCUCGGUACCUGAAGCUAGAUGACCUGAAGGACCAGGAUGAUGACUUCCUGUCUCCUAAGAAGACCCUUCGAGACUUUGAGGGUGGACUGGGCACCACUCCCUACUCUCCUGCUAUUCCCAGAAUCCCCUGUGUGUCCCCUGAGACCGUCCUGCUGGAAGGGCACACACCUAUCCCCCUGCCUAAAGAGUAUGAUGAGGACUCUCUGAUCCCCAGCAGUCCUGCUACAGAGACCUCCGACAAUGUCAGCCCAGUGGCUAGUCCUAUCCACACCGGGUUCUUGGUCAGUUUCAUGGUUGAUGCCCGGGGGGGCUCCAUGCGUGGGAGCAGACACCAUGGGCUGCGUGUCAUCAUCCCCCCUCGGACCUGCGCAGCCCCCACCCGCAUCACCUGUCGCCUGGUCAAACCCCAGAAACUCACCACCCCACCUCCGCUGGUGGAGGGAGAGGGCCUGGCCAGCCGGAUCAUCUCCCUCGGCCCCUCCAGCAUGCAGUUUCUAGGGCCAGUGAUAGUGGAGAUUCCUCACUUCGCUUCUCUGGGUCGAGGGGACCGGGAGCUGGUGGUUCUGCGCAGUGAGAAUGGUUCUGUCUGGAAGGAGCAUCGCAAUCGCUAUGGUGACGAGGUUCUAGAGACCAUUUUGAACGGCAUGGAUGAAGACCUAGAGAGUCACGAAGAGUUAGAGAAGAAGAGAAUCCGACGAAUCAUCUCCACCGAUUUCCCCCUCUACUUCGCUGUGGUGUCCCGUGUCCAGCAAGAGAGUGAUCUGAUUGGCCCAGAGGGCGGGCAACUGACCAGCAAGCUGGUCCCUCAUGUUCAGGCCAUCUUCCCUGAGACAGCGGUCACCAAGAGAGUUCGCCUUGGGCUGCAGGCUCAGCCUAUCCCAGACGAGCUGCUGACUCGACAGCUUGGUAACCAAGCAACCUUCAGCCCAGUGGUCACUGUUGAGCCAAGACGACGCAAGUUCCACCGGCCAAUCGGAUUACGCAUCCCUCUGCCCCCCUCCUGGAGGGAGAGUCCACGUGACGCAGGAGAGGGAGACACCACCAGCUUGCGCCUCCUCUGCAGUGUCAUCGGUGGAACAGCACCAGCCCAGUGGGAGGACAUCACGGGCACCACCAAGCUAAUGUAUGCCAACAACUGCGCCAACUUUACGACUAACGUCUCCGCAAGGUUCUGGCUGGCAGACUGUCCACGCACAGCUGAGGCGGUGACUUUCGCCAACUUGCUGUACCGAGAGCUAAUGGCUGUGCCCUACAUGGCCAAGUUUGUCAUUUUUGCCAAAAUGAAUGAGGCACGCGAUGGCCGCCUACGAUGCUACUGCAUGACAGACGACAAGAUGGACAAAACACUGGAGCUUCAUGAGAACUUCAGCGAGGUGGCCCGGAGCAGAGAUAUCGAGGUGAUGGAGGGAAUGCCACUACACCUGGAGUGCUCUGGGAACCUGGUGCCUGUGAGGAAGGCCACUCAGCAGCCUCGUAGCUUCAGCUUCCAAGCCUUCAGAGAUAACAGACUGCCCGUCUCAGUCAAGGUCAGAGACAGCAAUAAGGAGGCCUCAGGGUUCCUUUCGUUCUUGCGGAAGUCUACCAAGUAUGAGGAUUCUCAGCAUGUCCUGUGUAACCUCAACAUCACCAUGCCACCCUGUGUUAAGGUCGUGGGGAGUGAAGAGCGCAGGCGAACUCUGACCCCGUUGGCCCUGAGGGAGCGCUACAAUGCACUGAAUGAGCCCAGUGUGGCUACAGUGAAUGCCAUGGAGAGGACCGAACACAAGAUCUCCCUCAUAUCUGAGCAGUUAGGAUUGAGCUGGGCAGAAUUGGCGCGGGAACUGCAUUUCGGCGUGGAUGACAUUAACAGGAUCAGGGUAGAGAAUCCUAACUCCCUCCUGGACCAGAGUUCCGCCCUUCUCAACCUAUGGGCCAGUCGGGAAGGCAAGAGGGCCAAGAUGGAAAGUCUGUAUGGGGCUCUGAAGAGCAUCGACCGGUUAGACAUUGUGAGUUGUGUUGAGUGUCAGCACCAGUCCGGGGCCUCAGAGGAAGGUGCCUGUAGACUGGGUGACUGUGACUCCACCCUGCUCUCCCCCAGCCUCAUCAAUGAGGUCACGGACACAGGCCGUCCACCUGUAGUGUACAAGCCACAAGUUAUUAAACACCCAUUGUUCAGAAGGGGUUACGGGCUGGUUCAGGAGGAGCUGCUCUCCCCAGCCUCCAUGCAGUACAGCCUGCCCUCUCCGCUGGGCAAUGAGCCCUACUGGCAGGAGGUCUCCAGCCUAGAGUGUGCCCCAAUCGCCACCACUGAAGAAGACACCCUGAUGGAGAUGUCAGAUGUUCAGGUGUGGCCCUCGGGGGUCAGCCCCUCCCUGGUCACUGUAGAGGACUCGUCCCUGGAUGGUAGCAGCCGAGCGGAUGACUCCGAGGGGGCCACCUUGUCCCUUCCGUACAGCCUGGGGCGCCCCGCCAGCGGGGCCAGUGGGGCCAGCGGCUCCAUCAUGGAGCUGGAGGAGGAGGAGGAGGAGGAGGAAGGGGAGAUAGAGGAGGAGACGGCUCAGCAGGAGCUGGCGGUGGUGGACAGGGACAGGGUGAGGGCCAGCGGCGCCGUACCAAAGGUCAACCUGAAUGGCCAGCUGGGAGGUCAGAGGUCGGAGGGCAGGAGGGUGGAGGUGGCGGCGCCAGUGGCGGGCAGCAGUGUGACCGGCGGGGGAGCAGUAGGGCAGAGUUCAGAGGAAGGGCUUUGUGUUGUUACAGGGCAGCCGGUCUACAGCCAGGUGUGUGAGGUGUCAGGACUGAGCCGAGCCACGGAGCACAACGGAAACAAUCGUGUGGUGGGAAGUGGUGCUUUCCAGCCGUACCUACCUGACAAGGACUCUCAACAUGGCCGGGCAGGGUCGCAGAAACUUAGGUUCCCGCGGCAGAGUGCUGAGACUGGGUCACGGGUACCCCCGGACACGCACCCGACGCCGACUGAUGUUAAUAAAGAAGGCUGUGCUGCUGAAUUUCCGGCUGAGGAGCAGUUUGUGGACGAACAUGGAAAAGUUGUCACUAGGAAGGUGGGUGUGGAUGUGAUGAAGGGCCCUCCGUCUGUGUCGCGCACCAGUCUGCGGAGAGUAAAACAUUGAAACACACAUUCUCAGUCCGCAAGGACCUGAUAUCCACUGCCAAACCAUCCUCCACAAACACAAAGCCAAGUGACAGAGGAAAAGAAAGGGGAGAAGAGGAGAAGGGAAUGAAGAAGAAUAUGUGAAAACAACAAAUAAAAACACAAAACAAUGGGCAGAAUGACCCUAAGGCACCACAACGAGGGGAAAAGAGAUGGAGAUCUACUUGUAGUUUUGUAACAUUUUUAAAAAGAAAAAAAUAGUAGAGUAGGGCAUGAUUUUUUUCUAUAAAAGCUUAAGAAAAUCCAACCAAAAAAAGCUACAAAACGUUCUUCCUGUCAACUGUAAUCGCAUGAUUGACUGCUGGUGCAUGACCUUUGACCUUUGAACUGUCAUUAUCUACAAACUGAAUGGGUACAAGGUACGUGGCCAACCCAGGACUGGGUUAGAGGAGAGUUUAAGGACCUUUGCCCCCUGAAAUUGGAGUGGGUUUUGUUAGCAAUUUGAGUCUGGUAACACUACAGCCAAAAAAAGCAAGUCUCUGCAAGCGAAGCCAAUGGUGAGCCUACCAAUGCUUCAUUCACGUGGACCCUGUUUCCCUGUUAUUCUAUGUGAUAUAUGCACUCUAUGCUCUGUGGAUGUGUGUUUGUGUGUAUGUGUAUGUGUGUGUGUGUGUGUGUGUGUGUGUAUCUCUACCGCAUGUAUUCUCUCGCUUCUGGCUUGGCAUACAGCCGUGUCCUGGUUGGUCAGAGCUCCUGUGAUGUCACAGCGUUUCCAGUGUGGGAACGAGGUCCCUGUGCUCCCUUGCUUGUGAGUGUCUGUCUGUGUGUGUGUGUGUGUGUGUCGUCCUUCCUUUGUGAACGUGCUUCUCGUGUUUCUUUAGGGCUGUCCACCCCAGUUCCACUUGGUCCGUCUCUGACGCGGACUAACCUUCUCUCCCUGUUUUUGAAAGGAGUGUUUAAGCUUCUCCAGAUGAGGUUGUUUGAGUGAUAGCAUUGUGUGGCAGUCAGUGGACUCUAACGUUCCUCCCCAACACACCACUGAUUUACAGUAGCCUCCUUCCCCCGCCUUACGCCCUCCCCUCCAGCAUGUUGACGCCUCCUCUCCAUCAACUCCUGUAGUUCCCGUGAUCUGACCCGAUCACAUUUGGCCACAUUCUCUCUGUGUCUCAGUCUGUCUCUGUUUCUCUCCCAGUCAUUCUCUAUGCUAUGGCUGUAGCACCUACAUGGCUUUGUCCUUCUGUUGUUCACAUUCAACUGUGCUUUUGGUUGCAGGGGGUGAAGCAGAUAGGGCAUAAUGAUCAUUGUGGAGAAUCAUAUUCAUGGAAAAGAGAGAGAGUUAUAUGUGUAGGUAUAGACCAGAUGCAAAUGAAUAUCCUAACUAAUCCAGUAAGGACAGGGUGAAAAGAUAGCACUGUGACUGCCCAACACUGACCCCUGACCCAUGUACCCUGUACUGUGAAGUUACACACACAUAGACAUAUACGCAGGUCAUAUUUACACACACACACACACACACACACACACACACACACACACACACACUUGUGCGCACAUGUCACUAAUACACACACACACACACAUACAGUAAAGUCUCUCUAGUGGUAUGGUCAGACUGAUGAUGUAGCUACUUUGUCUGCCACAGCAAUAAUAUCAGACAAGGAAAACACAAAGGGAUAUAUAUAUAUAUAUAUAUAUAUAUAUGUAUAUGUACAGUGGGUGGGUGUUCUGAAUGCACAUUAUGGUAGCAUUAAAAGCAUUUCUCUUAAUCCGACAUUGAACCAGAAGCAUGCAUGAAACAUGAUACAUUGGUACAAUCCAAGACAGUAUGCAAAUGUUCUUCCCCUCACAAAUGUGAUAUUUUUUGAGGCAUUCACAAUUGACAUUCAAAAAGUGUAUCUAUUCUGUUCCAUUGACCUUGUUGUUUUGUUGUAGUCAUGUGGUGUCACCGCCACCUGGUGUCAUGGUGAGGUAUGACAUACUACAUAACUGGGUUGUAGCAGCAGCAGCAGCUGGAGGGCAGCAAAGAGUUAGAAAAAGGGUUUGGUCCAACAUUUGAAGUAGCAGAAUUUACCCAGGAUACACUUCAUCCAUUGUAUCAAAGAAAUGAACUUUCUCAUGGUAGCACACAUUUACUGAGAAUGUAUGUAACAUAACCACUGUAAAUUAACUGUAGCUAGCGUGAUUGAGACACUGACUGACUGAAUAGAUUAGAAACAUCAGACACACAUUCCCUGCUAAACAGUGCACAUUAAAACCUCAUCUGUUAAACCACAUCUAUCACAUAUCACUUAUGGUUCACUGUUUUUCCACUCAGGUUUCAGUUUGACCAGGAUCCCAGCUUUGCCCUCUUUUUGAGUUAAGAGCCCAGACAUGAGUGUUGCCGCACCCAGAGUUUGGUAUGUUGGGUAGGAGUCUGUGUGGAGCUGUGUGUGGGUGUGUGUGGGUGUGUGUGAAUAGGACAUGAUGGUGUGUGUAAGAACGAGAGAGAGUGUGGUGGAGGGGUCACAGGUUACAGGUGAAGAGGAAGUGACUAUAAAAGGACACAGGAAAUAUGAAGGGGGAAUCCCUGGGUGAAAGGGAUGUGGUGCUUCAAGCUUGUCCACCAGGUCCUUUAAUAUUUCUGUUUAUACAGCAGUGGAGUUGAUUGACUUAUGUUGCUUCUGCUUUGGGUCUGAAUAGGCUGAUGAUGAAGAAGAGUGAAACUCUCAUUCAGCAAUUGAUAAGUCAGUCAAUCUAUUAAUCAGAUGUCCUUCAACAGGACACUGAGACCACUGUCCCGAAGGGUGUUUAAAAUGAAUGAGUCUCAGAUGAAAGGCAGCUACAUCUGUGGGUUUAGAGGUUUGGGAUUUUGGAAGUUCUCAAGAUCAAACAUAAAACUGAGCCAGUCCACAAGCCUUUGCACUGUGAGAACUGUAGACUCCACCUUUGUGUGUGUGUGUGUGUGUGUGUGGGUGUGUGUGCGCAUGUGCGUGUGUGUGUGUGGUGAUCAAGACGUUGAUGGAACGGGGAGUGGAGAGGACAACGGUUUAAAAGUAGGCACACAACACGAUAGGACAUGGAAAAUUAUAAUGUAUUUUAAAAGAGUAUUGUACAAUUUUAACUGUUGCAAAGAAUAGAAAUCACCUAUACUCCUUUAGAAUGGAUACAUGACAAUAUUAACGCAAUAUCAUAUUGCUCUAUACUAAGGAAUGCAACUGCGCACAUGCACAGAAAAUGUUUUUAUGAAAAUAUAUGUAUAAAUAUAUGAAAAAAUAUAUUUAAUUAGAAUGCUAUGCACCCUUAUAGAGUUGUUAUGGAUGUUCUUUAAGCAUAUUAACUAGACUAUAGGCAAAUGCCCGCAUCAUGGGGAAUGUAGAGGCUUGUAGGUAUUUGUUUUCUUUUUUUAUUGUCAUGGAGAGAGGAACAACAAACAUGAAUAUGUAUACAAGCCUUUGUCUCAAUCAGAUUCAUUCUGACAUGAAUAUAUGUAUAGAUCAUCUUCCCUGUACACCAGCGCAAACCAUUUACAAACAUUAAUAAAGAAAGAUGUGAACAUA